ACCACUUCCUUUCUUUCUCUCCCUCCUUGAUCCUUUCAAUCCUUCAUUUGUACUGUACAAGCAUACCAUCUGCCCUACCUGACCACACCGGAAUAUACGAGCCUCGCCAUUACAAAUGACACGAACACAAACGGAACCCCCCCCCCUACUGCGGGGAAGUGCAGAGGACGGAGUAAGGCAAGAAGGACCAGAUCCUAGCUCAACUCCAACUAUAUCAUGCCGUACCCUACAUGAGCCAGACCGGACAGAAGGACGGAAAGCUAUAUAAACCGCCUUCUCAAUCGCCAAACAUCAAUUCGCCAUGAGAAACCCUACUUCCAGAGCAGCGCACAGCGACAAGAAGCACCACGACUCCCUCUAUCCCUUCCGCAAGAUCUUCAUAUCUAUUUGCACACUAAGCGUUCUCGCCUACGCACUCUACUACAACUCCACCCACGACAGCUUGAACAACACCAGCAACAUGUCGGAAGCAGCAUACAUCCCCGAGGCCAAGGCCCCUCUCGUCGUCGAGAAGACUGAAAUCCCAACGCUCGGGGACGGUGAAGUGCUCAUCAAGAACGAGGCCAUCCCUCUCCAACCCAUCGACGCAAAGCAAGCCCGCAUCGGUUUCAUCCCACUAAAGUACCCGGCAGUCCUUGGCUCAGGCGUCGCCGGCACAGUCGUCGAGUCCAAGAACCCAAACUUCAGCAUGGGCGACCGAGUCCUCUCCAACACGCCUGCUUACGGAGCCGGCGAUAACAAAUACGGAACUUUCCAGAAGUACACUGUCGCCACCGACCUCACCCUGAAACUCCCCGACAGCGUCACCUUCGAGAAGGCCGCCUCACUGGCCGUCAACGUCCCCGUCGCAUACUCCUCCCUCUUCGUCGGCCUCGACCUACCCAAGACUGCUCCCAGCGGCUCCGCCCCCCUGCUCAUCUGGGGAGGAAGCACCUCCGCCGGUGGGUACGCCAUCCAACUCGCCAUCAGAGCCGGCUACACCGUCGUGACCACCGCUUCCACGCACAACCACGCAUACGUAAAGUCCCUCGGCGCGCAGAACAUCUACACCUACGACCAGGCAAAGGAGAUCGCCUCCCACGGCCCAUUCGCCGGAAUCCUCGACAACGCCGGAACCGGUGCCUCGCACGCCGCCAUCUGGCGCGUUCUCCAGGAAUUGCAGGGGAAGAAGGAGGUUGAGGGCACCAUCCUCUCGCUACUGCCCAGCAUGGCACCCAUUGAGGGAUGGCCGGCAAGCUUGCUCAUCAAGUUCUUCACCUACAACUUCUCCGAGGAGCCGGCCAAGGAGGAGAAACAAUACUUUUGGGCUCCAGGCGGGUACUACUCCAAGCUUGUCGCUGAGGGCAUCAUCGAGACCCCGGUCGAGGUUCGCAGUGGUGGCUUACAAGAGGUGGAGAAGGCGAUUGAGGACCUUUUCCAAGGCGUUAGUGCUAAGAAGUUGGUCAUUACCGGGCUUUAAAUGGCGGGUCACCGAUCACUGGGCUUUACUUAAUUUUUUCUUUCUACCCUCACCCUUUUGUCCCUUUUCUAGUCUGGUCCAGCAUGUUAUGUUAUGCGGUAGCCUAGUUUCCGUCCAAAUGAUCCACGGGAAUUCCAUCCAUAUCCCGAAAGCCUUGAUGGCCAAACCUCAAUAAUGGAUAAACAAAUUUUGUAAAUCAUCAAUAAGCUAGAUCCAAUCCAAAAAUUGCUUUUUUCCCUCCCCA